CACAUUGUACGCCGAAAUUGAACGAGAUUCUUAAAUUGCAUUUUUAACGAACGAGCUUUUUCGAAUUUGGAAUUAAUUAAAAACAUAAUAUUUUAUAUUCGGCCAGUUUUAACAAUGUGGUAAAUGUGGAGAAUAUAAAGAGUCGCGCGUUAGAAUAAAGUUUUAAGGAUGUGGAGAAAUGUUUUAUACUCUUGUGCAGUUUAUUAUUUUUUUGUAUUAGUUUUAACUGCGCCUGCAAAUUCAUAUUCGCGCGGGCCCCAGUACAUAGUGAACGCACCGAAACACCCUUACAUCGAGGUGAAGAAUUCCACGUACCACGGCGCCGGGCCGCGGGAGGAGGCGCGCGCCAUGUGCUCCGUGCGGACGCAGGAGGUCAACGCCACCGCCAACGCCACCAUCACGCGCCGUCUGCAUGGAGUCGUCACCUCCAGGGAACUCCACAACGCGAUCCAAAGGCUGGAGGUUGUAAUCUACGGGCAGAUGCAACAACUAUGGCAGAGUCUAGACGCACUGCGCACGCACAUGAGCACGCAGCGUGCGUCGCGCGCGUCAUACCCCGACCGCCGCAGCGUGUCCUUCCGAUAUGUGCCCAAUAAGUGAAAACUUAUUACCAUUAAAGAUUUUUACUAAC